AUGUUAUCCAUGCAUCCCUCACUUUUCACCCAUCCAGAUUUGAAUGAUGAAAAUCAAGAGAGUCGUGAAUCGGAUAUACCAUCAUUAGGGAUACGCGGCUCUAUCAUUCGAGCCAGUACAUCCAGCGCCAGCACUGGUGCUAGUACUGAUGAUGCCUCGAUCGAUUCACCAGACUGGAAUGAGAAAUUAUUCGAUCAAGACCAGCAGUUGAAGGGAUAUUCACAUUUUGAUCCACAAUUGGAACAUAUUAUGGAGAUACCCAAAGUCGAAGAACUGGAUGAACUCGACGAUGAUCUGUCGAGUAUCAAACAGGCUGAUGUGGAGUCGGGCGCUCCCGCUCCUGUUCCACGGAAACGUGGUCGCCCACGCAAACAUCCACUGCCUGUCCCUGGAGGUCAAGCCAAGGUCACUAAAGGUCGCUCCAAGACAGGUUGUAUUACCUGUCGUCGGAGGAAGAAGAAGUGCGAUGAGACAAAACCUGCUUGUCAAAACUGUCAGAAGAAUGCGGUCGUUUGCGAAGGCUACCCACUCAAAGAAAUUUGGAAGAGUGGGAGACAGAGACUGGCUGAUGCUCGAUCCCAGUCUCUUACAUCUGUGCCGCGCAGUUUACCCCUCCUCAUCGACGGCAUAGAAACGGACGUUGACCGUCGCUUUUUGGAUCAUUUUGUCUACGGUUUCAGUCGUGUGCUGACACUUAUCAACGAUGAUUCGAAUCCCUUCAAGGAGAUCCUUCUCCCGAUGGCGACACAACAUAGGGGGCUGAUGCAUUCGUUAAUGUGCUUGUCCGGAUCGCAUCUCUCAGGUUUAGAUCCUGAGCCAAAGCUGAAGGAGCGAAAAUACUUUCAUUUCCACCACGCUAUACAAGAUUUGAAAGAUAAUAUCAAUGCGUCAUCAUCAGCUAAGAGCCCCGACGAUGAUGAGCGAUUGCUAGUUGAGGACCCGAUCAUCGCAUCCACCAUCGCCCUCAGCUUGAACACCAUCUGUGAAGGCGAAACAAACGGUGAAUACCGACCGCACAUGGAUGCCGCCCGGUACUUGCUCCUGUCCCAACAACCACGGAAUGAAAAAUUCCGCCAGUUCAUCGUCGAGUUCUUCCAAUAUCACGAUGUCUCGAACUCUCUUACCUCGCUUGACCGCCGUCCCAACCUCUUGCACAACGACCUGCACAUGCCCGAUUUCGUACCCGGUGUAUCAGCGGGGAUGUUUCUCGGUGUAUUCGACGGUCUCUUCAACUACAUCUCCCAGAUAACCCAGCUCCGUGACCGUAUCCGCGAGCGUUUCAACGAGGGCUAUGAGCCAGCAGUGGACUACCAGACGUUGAGCGAGGCAGUUUCUAUUGAUAUGGCCAUUCGUACUUGGGAGACCUCACAUGAGCCGGACACCCCGAACUGGUGCCUAGCCCAGCUCUACCGCCAGUCAACUUGGGUGUACCUGUACCGGACGAUCCGGCCCUCGCGACCGAGCGAUAAAAUCGCACAGGUAGUCGACGACGGGCUGAACUACCUAGACCAACUACCACAGGAUGCAUCCGCUUUCAGUAUCGUCCUAAUGCCGCUGUUCCUGCUUGGUUGUUCUGCGUUCUUGCCUGAGCAGCGUGAACGCAUUACGCAGGGCUUCGAGAAUCUCAAGUCAUACUCUAACCUGCGAAAUAUCGAGCCUGCUUUCAAGGUUGUUUCGCGGGUUUGGGAGAUUAUGGAUACCCGGACGCAGGAUAGCUGGGACUGGGAAAAGAUUAUACGUGAUAUGAAUAUGGAUUUCUUGAUCACUUGA